AUGCAAACCCACGAGGCCUCUACAGAUUUUUUAUCCGGGGCGUCGAGCGGGCGAGCUCUGUGCGCCAACCAAACCACCACCACCACCACAGACCAGACCAGACAUGACGCCUCCUCCGCCUCCCACCACCGCGCUGCCACGCCCCUCCCUCCUCCUCGCGGUCUCCUCCGCCGCGCUCAAGAUCUCGUCCGCGGCGGCGACGAGCCCAGCGCGCGGCGUGCGGUGGCAGGGGGGGGGAGUGAGAGGCGCCGGGCCGUCGGGAGGUGCUGGGCGGCGGCGGUGGAGGAGGAGGCCGGCGUGCUGCUCCCCAAGGAGGGGGAGGGGAGCGAGGCGGCCGGGAGGUACGACUGGCGGGAGGAGUGGUACCCGCUGUACCUGUCCAAGGAGGUGCCCGACGACGCGGCGCUCCCGCUCACCGUCUUCGACCGCCAGCUCGUGCUCUACCGCGACGCCGACGGCGUGCUCCGCUGCCACGAGGACCGAUGCCCGCACAGGUUAGCCAAGCUGUCAGAAGGGCAGCUCGUCGACGGCAAGCUGGAGUGCCUCUACCAUGGCUGGCAGUUCGACGGCCAGGGCAAGUGCGUCAAGAUCCCACAGCUGCCUGAGGGCGCCAAGAUCCCGCGGAACGCGUGCGCGCGCAACUACGAGGUGCGGGACUCGCAGGGGGUGGUGUGGGUGUGGAUGUCGCCGGCGACCCCGGCGGACGCCAAGAAGCUGCCGUGGUUCGAGCCGUACGCGCGGCCGGGGUUCACGGACCUGUCCACGGUGCACGAGCUGCCCUACGACCACUCCAUCCUGCUGGAGAACCUCAUGGACCCGGCGCACGUGCCCAUCUCGCACGACCGCACCGACUGGACGGCCAAGCGGGAGGACGCGCAGCCGCUGGCCUUCGAGGUCGCCGAGCGCACCGCCCGGGGCUUCGCCGGCCACUGGUGGCGCGAGCGCGCGCCGCACCUCCGCAACCUGCUCCGCUUCGAGGCGCCCUGCGUGCUCACCAACACGCUCGAGUUCGUGGACAAGGACGGCAAGGAGCAGUGCUUCUCGGCGCAGUUCCUCUGCCGGCCGGCGGGGCAGGGCAAGUCGAUGCUGCUCGUCCGGUUCGGGUCGACGGCGAGUUCGCCGCUGCUGAGGGUGCUGCCGAAAUGGUACUUCCACCAGAACGCGUGCAAGGUGUUCGAGCAGGACAUGGGGUUCCUGUCGUCGCAGAACGAGGUGCUGCUCCGGGAGAAGGUGCCCACCAAGGAGCUCUACCUCAACCUCCGGUCGUCAGACACGUGGGUCGCCGAGUACCGGCGGUGGAUGGACAGGGCCGGCCACGGCAUGCCAUACUACUUCGGCCACAGCACCAUCUCGCCGCCGCCCGUGCCGGCCGUGGUCGAGCAGGCGCCGGCGGGGGCCGCCGCGGGCAUCUCCGCGUCGUUCCCGGCCAAGGGCGGCUUUGGCACGCAGCACGCGCCCAACCCGACCAACAGGUACUUCCGGCACGUCGUGCACUGCAAGGGGUGCAGGGACAGUGUCAACAGGUACACCGCCCUGAAGAAGGCCUUCGUCGUGCUCGCCGCGGUGGUUGCCGCCGCGGCAGUCUUGGCGGCGACGAGGCAGUGGAAGGCCGUCUUGCUGGGCGCCGCCGCCGUGCUCGCCGCGGCGUCGUAUGCGUGUGGCUCCGUGGUUUCUUUGAUCACAACCAACUUCAUUAGGACACACAGAAGAUUGUAA